AUGUCGGCGGAGCGCGGCCCCAUAGCUGCGUUUAAGGACCACGAGGUGGUGUUCGGCCACGUUGAGGGCGAGGACCGCGGGAAGGGCGCGAUGAACCCGCCACGGCGCCGCAAUGACCCACUUUUUUGGCUGCGGGAUGAUGCUCGCAAGGACCCGGCGGUCAUCGACCACCUGAAGCUGGAGCAGGCCUACUUCGAGGAGCGCACGGCGGACAUUAAGGACCUCUCCGAGACGCUCUACAAGGAGCACAUCUCACACAUCCAGGAGACGGACAUGUCCGCGCCGUACCCGCACGAUGGCUACAUUUACUACACCCGAGAGGUGGCGGGGUUGUCGUACAAAAUUCACUGCCGCGUCCCGCAGGGCAAGACGCCUGGAAAGAGUGGGGAGGAGCAGGUGCUCCUGGACGAGAACAAGCUGGCCGAGGGGAAGGCGUUUUGCGUGGUGCACACGGUGAAGCCGGCCCCGCCGGACCACGCCCUCGUUGCGUACUCCGUGGACUACAGCGGAAAUGAAGUGUACGACGUCCGCUUUGUGCAGGACGCGGUGGCGGAUGUGGUGGAGGGGACCAACGGCGAAAUUGUGUGGGGCCCGGCUGCCUCUUGCUUCUUCUACACGACGAAGGACGCGGCGCAGCGGGAUCACAAGAUUUGGCGGCACAUCAUGGGUCACCCACAGUCGGAGGACGUCUGCCUGUACACCGAGGAUGACCCGCUCUUCAGCGCCUUCGUGGGGAAGUCGGGGGACGGGCACACUCUGCUGAUCGGCUCCGCCUCCUCGGAGACGACGGAGAUGCACCUGUUGGAUCUGCGCAAGGGCAACGGUCACACGGCGCUGGAGCUGGUACGUCCGCGUGAAAAGGGCGUGCGCUACGAAGUGGAGCUCCAUGGCACGGAGACGCUGGUGAUUCUGACGAACAAGGACGAUUGCAUGAACGGCAAGGUGGUGCUGGCCACGCGGAGUGCGCCGGCGGAGUGGGGCAGCGUCCUUGUGCCGCACAGCGAGGAGGCGUUCAUUGAGACGGUGGCCGUCUUUGCGAAGUUUGCCGUCUUCGCCGGCCGCCGCGCGGGGCUGACGCGUGUCUGGACGAUGUCGGUGGGCCCUGACGGCUGCUCCUUCGCCGGCGCCGUGCUGCGGGAGGUGGCGUUUGACGACCCCGUCUUUGCCGUCCGCCCCGUCUUCUCCCAGAUGAAGGUGUACGACACGGAGACGCUGCGCCUCGCCUACUCCUCCAUGACGACCCCCACGACAUGGCUCGACCUGCACGUCGCCGCCGGAAGCCGCACGACGGUGAAGGUGCGUGAGGUGGGCGGGGGGUUUAACGGGAAAAACUACGUCUGCCGGCGCCUCUUUGCGACGGCGCCGGACCGGACGAAGAUCCCGCUCUCCGUUGUGCACGACGCCAGCCUCGACCUGAGCAAGCCCCACCCCACCAUGCUCUACGGCUACGGCUCGUAUGGGCUCUGCAUGGAGCCGGAGUUCAGCAUCAAGUACCUGCCCUACGUGGAUCGCGGCAUGAUCUACGUCGUCGCCCACAUCCGUGGUGGGGGGGAGAUGGGGCGGGCGUGGUACGAGGUGGGGGCGAAGUACCUCACGAAGCGAAACACCUUUUCCGACUUCAUCGCCAGCGCGGAGUACCUGAUCGAGAGUGGCCUAACCACCCCCUCGCAGCUGGCGUGUGAGGGGCGUAGCGCGGGUGGGCUGCUGAUCGGGGCCGUGCUGAACAUGCGACCAGACCUCUUCCAGGUCGCGCUGGCGGGCGUCCCGUUUGUGGAUGUCAUGACAACGAUGUGCGACCCGAGCAUUCCCCUCACCACCGGCGAGUGGGAGGAGUGGGGGAACCCGAACGAGUACAAGUUCUUUGACUACAUGAACAGCUACAGCCCAAUGGACAACGUGCGCGCGCAGGCCUACCCGCACCUCAUGAUCCAGGCAGGGCUGCACGACCCCCGUGUGGCCUACUGGGAGCCGGCGAAGUGGGCCUCCAAGCUGCGCGCGCUCAAGACGGACACCAACGAGGUGCUGCUCAAGAUGGACCUUGACAGUGGGCACUUCUCGGCGAGCGACCGCUACAAGUACUGGCGUGAGAUGGCCAUCCAGCAGGCCUUCGUGCUCAAGCACCUCAAUGCCCGGACGCUGCUCCGGCGCUGA